AUGGGAAUAAUACUCAGAAGAUUUGUCUUCCUCUCUGUCCUAUACCUGCUUGGGGGCUGCAAAUCUUCCCUGAUUGAACUGAAAGACAAUGGCUAUGAAGGUAUUAUCAUUGCUAUAAACCCUGAGGUGCCAGAAAAUGAAACGCUAAUUACAAAAAUACAGGACAUGGUGACUGAAGCUUCUGCUUACCUGUUUAAAGCCACAGAAAACAGAAUAUAUUUUAAAAAUGUGAAUAUAUUAAUUCCAGACACCUGGAAAUCAAAACCUCAAUAUAUGAGGCCAGGACGUGAAAGUUACAAACAUGCUACUGUCAUAAUUGCACCACCUGCAUUGCCAGGCAGAGAUGAACCCUACACCAGACACUUUUCACAGUGUGGAGAAAAAGGAGAAUACAUUCAUUUGACACCUGAUUUUCUACUUGGAAACAAGCAAAAUGAAUACGGACCAUCAGGUCGAUUGCUUGUCCAUGAAUGGGCUCACCUCCGUUGGGGAGUGUUUGAUGAAUACAAUGAGGAUGAGCCUUUCUAUGCUGCUUCAAACAAGAAAAUUGAAGCAACAAGGUGCUCCAAAGGUGUUACUGGGUUAAAUAGAGUUUAUAUGCAUCUAGGAGGCAGCCAUGUACUUAAACCAUGCAGAUUUAAUUCUACCACAAAACUAUAUGAAAAAGAUUGUCAGUUCUUCCCUGAUGAAAAGCAAACUGCAAAAACAUCAAUAAUGUUUAUGCAAGCUAUAGAUUCUGUUGUUGAAUUCUGUAAUAAAAAGAACCAUAACAAGGAAGCUCCAAAUCUACAAAAUAAAAAGUGUAAUUCGAGAAGUACAUGGGAAGUGAUCAGCACUUCUGAGGAUAUUAAAAACACGAAGCCUGUGUUGGCUCCACCCACUCUGCCUGUGUUCUCAUUGCUGAGGGUUGGUGAAAGAAUUGUGUGCUUAGUUCUUGAUCAGUCUGGAAGCAUGAACAGUUAUAAUCGUCUGUCUCGAAUGAACCAAGCAGCAAAACAUUUCCUGAUGCAGAUUGUUGAAAAAAACUCCUGGGUCGGAAUAAUUGCUUUUGAUGAUAUUGGUUAUAUUAAAAGCCAUAUGACCCAAAUAACAAGUGAAAAAGAUAGACAGAGACUCUCGGCAACGUUACCUCUGAAAACUAAUGGAGGAACUUCCAUUUGCUCAGGAAUUCAAACGGCUUACCAGGAAAUUAAAUCAGUAUUUCCCCUAGUAAAUGGACCUGAAAUAGUACUGCUGACUGAUGGGCAGGAUAGCAGUGCAAAAGACUGUGUUGACAAAGUGGUAGAAAAUGGGACCAUCAUUCAUUCAAUUGCUUUGGGACCAGACGCUGACAAAGCUAUCACUAACAUGAGCAUUCUAACAGGAGGAAAGCAUAUUUUUGCUUCUGAUGCUUAUGAGAACAAUGGCCUUGUUGAAGCUUUCGCAGACCUUACAUCAGAAAACACUCCUCUCUCUGAAAAGUCUCUUCAGCUUGAAAGUAGGGGGAAAAAGCUCAACAAAAGUGAAUGGAUAAAUGACACUAUAAUUAUUGAUAGCUCCGUGGGAAAAGACACAAUUUUUUUUGUCACAUGGGCCAGAGAAUUCCCCCUAAUUUUCAUUCGGGAUCCUGAAGGAACAAAGAUGGAAAGUUUCACAAAUGAUACAACUUCAAAGAUGGCCUAUCUCAGUAUUCCAGGAAUUGCAAAGGCUGGAAUAUGGACUUACAGUCUUCAAGCCCAAACAAAUGAUGAAACACUGACUAUUGCAGUAAAUUCUCGAGCAGCAAAUCCUUCUGUGCCUCCAAUCACAGUGAAUGCAAAAAUCAAUAAUGACAAAACCACAUUCCCCAACCCUGUGGUUGUGUAUGCAGAAGUUCUACAAGGGUUUGCACCCAUUCUUGGAGCCUCAGUGACAGCCAUCAUUGAAUCAAGCGAUGGAACCACAACUUUGAAACUUCUAGAUAAUGGUUCAGGUGCUGAUUCUAUAAAGAAUGAUGGGGUCUACUCCAGUUAUUUUAUAAAUUAUAAAAAAAAUGGCCGAUAUAAUUUAAAAGUACGGGUUCAUGGAGGAGCAACUGCAAAGAAAAGCUUAAGACAUCCCCCAAAUACAGCAGCAUUUGUACCAGGCUGGGUGGUUAAUGGAGAAAUUCAAGCAAAUCCACCAAGACCUGAGACUGAUAAGGAUAUCCAAACAAAUGUGGAGAAUUUCAGCAGAAUGGCAGCUGGAGGUGCAUUUGAACUUGAAAAUGUUCCAAAUCCUUUCAAUCCCUCCUCUUCUGACUAUUUCCCACCAAGUCAAAUCACAGAUCUUGAGGCCACACGUGAAGGGAAUCUGAUCACUUUAACAUGGACAGCACCAGGAGAUGAUUUUGAUGUUGGAAAAGUUCGACAGUAUAUCAUAAGAAAAAGUGGAAAUAUCCUUGAUCUAAAAGACAAUUUUGAUGGUGCCGAGCAAGUAAGCACUAAGAAUCUGAGACCGAAGGAGGUGAACUCCAAGGAAACAUUUACAUUUGAACAAGAAAAUGUAAGAGAAGAUGCAACCCACAUAUUCCUUGCCAUUCAAAGUGAAGAUGAUAGUGGUAAAAAAUCUGAAAUAUCCAACACUGUACAAGUAGCGAUGUUUAUUCCUCAAGCAGAUGAUGAUAAUUUUCAAGAGGAAAAUUAUCCUAGUUCUGGAACUAGUAUUUCUACUGUGGUGUUGGUGGUGGUUGGAACUUUGGCAGCUGUUAGUAUUAUUGUCAGUACCACUAUUUGUAUCGUUAACAGGAGAAGUUCAAAUAGACCUAGGACAGGGUUUUAA